ACAUUCCCAUUCUCCACAUCCAAAAUUUUCAAUCUCAGAAGAAAGAGAGAAAGAAAUAAAGAAGAGUAAUGGUAGUGUGGAAUAAAGUCAAAUCCCCUAUUGAACUAGAGGAAGAAGAAGAAGAAGCUUAGGAAAUAAAGAACCCUAUUUUUCAUUUCAUUUUUGUUUUUUCUCUUUUCUUUUUCUUUUAUUUUCUCACUCUCUUUACCAACAUAAUACAGAGUUUUAUUUUAAAACCCUUGUUUUUCUUCAUCCUCUAAUUUCCCUUUCCCUUCUUCUUCUUCUUCCUCCAAGAUCAGAUUUUUCUUUGACCCUUUUCAUCUUUAGGCGCAAUUCCACCCUCCACUCUUCCACCCACUUCACCAAACCCUCACUUUUUCUCGAAUCAAUUGGUUGCCCUUUUUUUGCCCCUUUUUUCUGUAUAUGUGAAGAAGCUAUUAUUCCUUUGGUGUGAGAUCGUAGAUCUUUGGUGUCGGCGACCGAUCGGAGAAGAUGUCGCCGUCGAACGGGUUGCAGAACGGCGGCGGCGUCUGUGGCGGUGUCGGCGGCGGUGGAAGUGGGUUGAAUUAUAUUGAGCACCAAGUCUCUAAGCUCGACACACUCGCUGGUGUGGCUAUUAAGUAUGGCGUUGAGGUAGCUGAUAUCAAAAGGAUGAACGGGUUAGCCACGGAUCUUCAAAUGUUUGCACUGAAGACAUUGAAAAUUCCGUUACCGGGACGACAUCCGCCAUCCCCCUCUCCCACUCCGAGUGUACCUAAUGGACAUGCAAAGUUGGGGUACUACCAUAUACUCAUGGAUAAUAGCUCGGAAAGAAGACCCCCACGUGCAGGUCAAUACGGCAUGAAGGAACCUCUACAAUCCUUAAGACUUAAACCACCCAAGGAGAAGGUUUCUCCAGCCAUGACCAUUUUGCAGAAAUACUAUGGAUUGAGUUCUUCUAUAGCUAGAGAUACAUCUGAGACAGAAUUGGCGGUUUAUGCAUCUGAUAAUUCAGAUCAUUCUGGAGAUGAUUGGUUUCCCAAAACUUCGCCAAUUUCUGACCUUCGAUCAAACCAUUACCCCAGGUCAACAAAUUUAGUGUAUGAUUUAUUGACUGGGAAUGAUGAAAUGCAUGAGUAUGUGCCUCUUGCGGACAUUGGAGAUGUGGGAGGUGAGAAAUCUGAUGAGAAAUCCGUUCGCAGACGGCAGAAAGCUGAAGUUGAUAGCAGACCUGUUACACCAGAAAAGAUUCUGAAGGAAGGAAUUAACGGGGGGUCAAAUGGUUUUUCUUCAAAUGGAAAAGCGUUGUCUAUGAGGCCAAAAUCAGCUAGUCGAGCAAAUCUGCUUUCAGAAUCAGAAUCAGGAUGGUUAGAUUCUAUUGCAGUGGGGAUGGGCGAAUCCAUCUUUACCGAUACUCUUUCUGGAGUACGCAAAUCAUCAAGUGCGUCAAGCCUGAGAGAGCAGGAAAAGAACAAUUCGGCCUCAGCUUGGCCAACCACAAUGUGGAAUCUGAAACCGGAUUUGCAAGCAGCUAUCUCCAAACCCAUCUUUGAUGGCUUACCGAUCCCAAUAACUGGUCGGAGGAGCAAAACUGCCCUUGAUUAGUUGAAACCCUUCCCUUGGAGAAAAAUUAUUAUUUUUUUUGACAUUAUACAAAUUACAAAACAUAAAUUGCAACAAGAUGCAAAUCUUUUGGGUAAGUAAGCAUGAGCCAAAGAUGUAGAAAGUUGGAGAAACAAAAUACAUGGUUAGGAUAUUUAUUCCAGGCUUAGAAUAACAAGGGGAUCAGUGACCUCCCAAAGCAGCUAAAGCUGAGGAACAGGUGCAAGAAACUUGGUAUGCAAAACUGGUUUCUGUGAAAUGCACCAGGUUGCCCCACCCACCUGGAUCACAGAAGUUACUUACAGAUCGAUAGCCUCAUUUGUUGAAUGAUUGGGUCAAGCAAAGUGCAAGUCAUUCUGUCCAGUCAUCACUUGUAUCAAGUCAUUAUAUUUGUGUAUGUAUCUAAGGUUUAUUCUUUUUCUUCAGACCCUUUACUUUAUAUACUCUGCAUUGACAGAAAAAUGUGCAAACCAUGUUACAUGGCCUUUUAUAUUGUA